AUGUCAGUACAACUCGCAGAACAUACAGAUCCAAGUCCACCGCCUUCUACCAUCAAUGCUAGCAAUUCUUUGGGCUCGACAGCUGCCGCUGGUAGUGGUGACUCAAAUCAGACAACGCCAGCACCUGCGACCUCUUUUGAAAGAUACAAAAAACGAGACACAAGUAAAGUAGUGGUGCGUUUUCGCGCCAUUGGUAAUGCACCUAUACUGAAACAGAACUUUUACAAAAUCACGGCUUCAAACCAAUUCAAAGCAGUGAUCCAGUUUCUUCGUAGAGAACUAAAUUAUAAAGCUUCGGACCCAUUGUUUCUGUAUAUUAAUAGUGCUUUCUCGCCGGCACCCGAUGAGAUUGUGUCGAAUUUACAUAAGUGUUUUAAUACAGAUGGACAUUUGAUAAUAAAUUAUUGUACCAGUGCGGCAUGGGGUUGA